UUCAAUCGCCGCUCGCCUCGCCUUUGCGGCUGCCACCCGUCUCUCCUUUUUCAACAACGCGGCACGUGUUAGCGAAUCGAGCCAUUACAGUUUUCCGAGGAAAAACAGAGAUGGUUGUUCUCUCAAAUAAGAUCCGCAAAGCGGGGGAUGCAGAGCCCGACUCGAUUGAGACUUCAAUUGCACAGGCACUGCAAGAUCUUGAAACUAACUCCGAGUUCAAGGAGCACCUCAGGGAGCUCCACAUGACCAAGGCGAAAGAGAUCGACCUUAGUGGCAAAAAGUCAAUUAUCAUCUACGUCCCGAUGCCCCAGCUUAAAAAUUUCCAGAAGAUCCAAGUGAGGCUUGUUAGAGAGCUUGAGAAGAAAUUUUCCGGGAAGCACGUCAUAUUUGUCGGCGAUAGGAAAAUCCUGCCCAAGCCGACGAGGAAGACUAGGACUCAGAGCAAGCAGAAAAGGCCGAGGAGCCGUACUCUGACUGCCGUAUAUGACGGUAUCUUGGAAGACAUGGUCUUCCCUGCUGAGAUCGUCGGCAAGCGGAUCCGUAUAAAGUCUGACGGCAAGCAGCUGAUUAAAGUACACUUAGACAAGGGACAACAGAUGAACAUUGAGCAUAAAGUCGAGACCUUCACCUGGGUGUACAAGAAACUUACCGGAAGGGAAGUCAAUUUUGAAUUCCGAGAUGCUUCUUUGUAAUAAAUAGAUUUUAUUUAAUAAAAAAUCCGUUAAAAACCUG